AUGGUUAAAUGUCUUACUCUAAACGAAUAUUAUGAAAUUCAAACCAAUGAACUGGAGGCAAUCAGAUCCAUCUACAUGGAUGAUUUUGUCGAUUUUACCAAGAAAAAAUCUAGCUGGGAUAAACAACCUCAAAUCAUCUUUGAAAUUUCUCUGCGAUCUACAGAUAACAAUCCUGUGCAAUCAUCUUUAACUUUGCAUAUCGCCUUGACUCCAAUGUAUCCACAUACUGCUCCUGAGAUAACAUUUGUCAAUGUUGAAAAUGUUAUGGAUACUCAAUUGAAGACAUUGGAGAAUGAUUUUAAGUCUAUUCACAAGAAUGCCGGAGGUCAAGAAUUCAUUUUUGAAAUAACCUCAGUGGUUCAAGAAAAGCUAGAUGAGUUUCAAAAUAUGGCUAACAGUCAUUCUUUGGAAGAUGAUAGAUUGAUGAGGAUAAAAGAGGCAAAAGAACAAUUAGAACGGGAAGAAAUGGAAAGACAAAAGAAAGUGGAGCAAGAGAAGAUAAGUGAACAAAAGAUCAUUGACGAAAUUGUUCAAAAGGAACUAGAAAAGAGAAAAGAUGAUGAUGAUGUUUUCUUUAACCCUGGAUCACAAAUGAACUUAUUACCACCGUCUGAUUGGGUCACCUCUGGUGAAGCGGUCGUCUUUUCGAAGACUAUUAAGGCAAAAUUACCUAAUAACUCAAUGUAUAAGUUUAAAGCCGUGGUUAAUCCAACUCCAAUUAAAUUAGAUAGUGACUUAUUUUACUUUUCAAAGCAAUAUCUGGUAAAACCAUAUAUUUCUCCGGAUUCCCCAUUGGCAGAUGCCCUAAUGUCCUCGGAAAUGAUGGAAAAUUUCUAUUAUUUAUUGACAGAAAUUGAAUUAGAUAAUUCCUAUUUCAAUACUAGCAACGGUAAGAAAGAAAUUUCUAAUCUAGAGAAAACAUUGGAAUCUUUAUUAAAAGUGAAACAAGAUAAUGUCAAUCAUUUAUACGCGUAUACGGUGGAACGAAUGGGUAGAAAUAAUGCCACUUUUGUAUGGAAAAUUAAACUUUUAACCGAAUACUCUGCAUCGUAUCCAAUGAGUGAUGUACUUCAGUCCGUCGGAUAUGUGAAUUUAGCAACAGCCCGUAUAUGGAUGAUCCGUCUUUUAGAGGGAUUGGAAGCGCUACAUAAGGUGGGAAUAUUUCACAAAUGUAUUGGUUCAGAAAGCAUUUCAUUGGCCAAGGAUUCUGAUUUUGGAACUACAGUCCCUAAGUUAAUGUAUCCAAGUUUUGGGUAUGACAUACUGCAUAUGCUUUCAAGAUAUCCAAAUAAGCAUGGGAUCAAAGUAGAGGUUCCUGAAUGCGCAUGGCCACCCCCAGAAUUUAGUAAACCAAAUAAUAACAGACCAAAUCUAAUGACUGACAUUUGGCAACUUGGUGUUUUGUUUGUUCAAAUGAUUAGUGGACCUGAUACGCGUACGAAUUUUUCUUCUGUCCAAGAAUUUUUAACUUCUACCAAUAUGGAUGAGAGCUUAUAUGAUUUUCUAUCGAAAAUGCUUGAUGAUGAUCCUAAAAGGCGUCUUGGUACCCUGGAGUUGUUGCCAAUGAAAUUUUUAAGAACAAAUAUUGAUCUUAAUAUCAAUAAAUUUAUGGUUUUCCAAGAAGAGCAAACAAGAUAUGCUUCUGAUUUCGAAGAAAUCGCUGUUUUAGGUAAAGGGGCAUUCGGUCAGGUGGUUAAAGCACGUAAUACUUUGGAUAGUCGUUACUAUGCCAUUAAGAAAAUUAGACAUACAGAAGAAAAGCUGUCGACUAUUUUAAGUGAAGUGAUGCUUCUAGCCAGCUUGAACCAUCAAUAUGUGGUUCGUUAUUACGCAGCAUGGUUGGAAGAAGAUGCCAUAAGCAAUACUACCAUGGUAUCAAGCGACGAGGAAACUGAUUCUGAUAAGACAGAUCAAUCCGGAACGGAGUCGGAGUCGGAGUCAGAAUCUGAGUCUUUCAAUCAAUCACACAUCUUCAGAAGCCAGAACAUAGAUGAUAUCGAAAAUAGUAAUUGGGAUUUUAUUUCGAAUUCUGGCUAUCCAGAUAUUGUCUUCGCAAAUAGUUCAACGGAACAACUCACGACUGAUAUAACCACAAGUGAUGAAGAUGAAAUAGAAGCUUCUUCAGAUGAAUCAGAUGGAGAAUCAAAGGACAAAACGAAAAGUGAAAAAAUAUCAAGACCUACUAAGGUUAAGAAGAAGAGUACUCUAUUCAUUCAAAUGGAAUACUGUGAGAACAGAACACUAUAUGAUUUAAUUCAUACAGAAAAUCUAAGUAACCAGAGAGACGAAUAUUGGCGUCUAUUUAGACAGAUUCUUGAAGCACUAAGCUAUAUCCAUUCGCAAGGUAUUAUUCAUAGAGAUUUGAAGCCUAUGAAUAUUUUCAUAGAUGAGUCCAGGAAUGUUAAGAUUGGUGACUUCGGUCUGGCUAAAAAUGUGCAUCGGUCGCUAGAUAUAUUAAAAUUAGAUUCCCAAAGUGUGGUCGGUAGCACUGAAAAUCUGACAUCGGCUAUUGGUACAGCAUUAUAUGUUGCCACGGAGGUUUUGAAUGGGAAAGGUAACUAUAAUGAAAAAAUUGAUAUGUAUUCACUUGGAAUAAUUUUCUUCGAGAUGAUUUAUCCAUUUGGAACAGGUAUGGAACGGGUAAAUAGUUUGAAAGACUUAAGAUUAGCAUCGAUAAAAUUCCCUACAGAUUUCGAUGAAAACAAGCAACGUGUGGAGAAAAAAAUUAUAAAAUUAUUACUUGAUCAUGACCCCACAAAAAGACCAGGUGCUAGAACAUUGUUGAACAGUGGCUGGCUACCUGUUAAGCAUCAAGAUGAGGCUAUUAAAGAAGCAUUGAAAAGUUUGGCUGAUCCUUCAUCUCCUUGGCAACAGCAAGUUAGGGAAAAUCUUUUUAACCAACCUUAUAGUCUAACUAAUGAUAUCCUAUACGAUAAUGCUCCUUCUACUUCAACUCGCUUUGCCCAAAUUUUGAGAUCCCAGAUGAUGGAAGAGGUAGUUAAGAUUUUCAGAAAACAUGGUGGUAUUGAAAAUAACUCACCACCACGAAUUUUCCCAAAGGCACCAAUAUAUACUACCCAAAGUGUCUAUGAAAUUUUGGAUCGAGGUGGAACAGUGUUGCAACUUCAAUAUGACUUGACAUACCCAAUGGCCAGGUAUUUAUCCAAGAAUCCAAAUUGUGUUGCAAAGCAAUUUCGUCUUCAGUAUGUGUAUCGUCCACCUGAAAAGUCUACUUCAAGCUUAGAACCAAGGAAAUUUGGAGAAAUUGAUUUUGAUAUCAUAUCAGGUUCAUCAUCAGACUCCCAAUUUUACGAUGCUGAGAGUCUGAAAAUCAUUGAUGAAAUUUUAACUAGCUUCCCUGUUUUUGAAAAGACCAAUACCUUGUUUGUCAUGAAUCAUGCUGAUAUUCUUGAGAGUGUAUUUAAUUUUACCAAUAUUGAUAAAGCUCAAAGGCCGCUAAUAUCAAGGAUGUUAUCUCAGGUAGGUUAUGCAAAAACGUUUAAAGAGAUUAAAAAUGAACUAAAAGCUCAAUUUAAUAUUUCUUCAACUUCCCUUAAUGAUCUUGAAUUAUUCGACUUUAGGUUAGAUUUUGAAACGGCCAGGAGAAGAUUACAUAAGAUAAUGGUAGAUAGUCCCUAUCUUCGAAAUAUUGAUGCCUCCCUAUCGUAUAUCUCUAAAGUUCUGAACUUUUUGAAACCUUUGGAGGUUACAAGAAAUUUGGUUAUAUCACCACUAGGUAACUAUAAUUUUGCCUUUUACAAGGGAGGAAUAAUGUUUCAAGCAGUUUAUGACGAUGGAUCCACAGGGAGUUUGAUAGCCGCUGGUGGAAGAUACGAUAAUUUGAUCCCAUAUUUUUCAAGACCGUCAGCUAAGAAAGGAACAAGCACAAAUAGAGCCGUUGGUUUCAACCUGGCUUGGGAAACUAUAUUUAGUGUGGGACAAAGCUAUUUCAAGCUAGCCACAAAUAAUCGAGUCAAGAAAAGAAGUAAAUUCUUAAAAGAUGGCGGCCUAGAAUGGAAACCAAGUAGAUGCGAUGUCUUAAUUUCAAGUUUUUCAAACUCACUUUUAGAUACAAUUGGUGUUAGUAUACUGAAUCGUCUCUGGAAAGGUGGUAUUAAAGCUGAUUUUUUAAGGAAUUGUUAUACAGUUGAUGAUGUCGUAUCUGGUGCUCAGCACGAUGGUGUUGAUUGGAUCAUUAUCAUUAAACAACAAACAUACACCAUGUCCAGUCAUAAAAGGAAAUAUAAACCACUAAAGAUUAAAAGAUUGAGUAGUAACGUGGAUAUAGAUCUUGACAUUGAUGAUUUUAUGAUCCUGUAUCAACAAGAAUCAGGUAACCAUGAUUUGAUUAAUGAUUCACUAACACUAGGAGAUAAGCAUGAAGAGAAUAAGCCUUGGGACGAUAAAAGUAGUGCAAGUGGUAGUCAGGACGGUGAUAAUGAAGAGGGAGUUGUGGGAACGACGAAUCAAAAGGUUACUUAUAUUCCAAACAUGGCUACAAGAGCGAAGAAGGCAAGUAAGAGAGAAAAAUGGGUAUAUGAGGAUGCUGCCCGUAAUGCAUCAAAUGUCAUUAUUAAUAACUUAGCAUCAGCUCCUGUAUUUACGGUUGAUGCACUUCGAGAUGAAACGCUGGAGAUAAUAUCUAUUACGUCUUUAGCUCAGAAAGAGGAAUGGCUGAGAAAAGUUUUCGGAUCUGGUAACAAUUCCACACCCAGGAGUUUUGCAACCAACAUUUAUAACAAUUUAUCUAAGGAGGCUUCAAAAGGCACAAGGUGGGCUAUUCUACAUUGCCAUAAGACAGGAAAAAGCAGUGUAAUUGAUUUACAAAGGUAA